AACACCCACCACAUGCCAGCCAGUCUCAACCGGAAACACAACAUCAGCAAUUCUCCGCACUUUCUUUUUGUCAUCAUAUUAUUGGCCCCUGUGUUUUCCUCUAAGAUUUGCGUCAAAAUGGCGGACCGUGGAGACGAGAUUCGGCAGCGGGUUAGACAUAAAAUGCAAGAAAAUAUGUACAGAUCUAUAUUUCCAGAUCCAAAGGUUGCUGAAGAAACUGAAAAGAAAUUGGAGAAACUGAAGAAAAAGUCAUCACCUUAUAGCAUCCAGAAUGUUUGUUGGCUUAUUGCCUCUAUGGCUGUAUUUUACUACACAGACUUAUAUCUGGCAAUAUUAUAUGACAACAGGAUCAACAGACUUUGGCUGUACCCUGGGUUAAUAUCAAUAUCCAUAACGGUCAUGAUUGCUUGUUUCCUAAUAGUCUGGUUGUCAUAUAUCAAGAAAGUCCCAAGUGAUGAGUGGGAGACCAGAUACCCUGCAGCUAUUCCAGUGUCCACAUUCUGUUUCAUUCUAGGCAGUGUACUGGUCAUGAUAGGACUGUGGCCUGUUUAUGCCUUCCUUACUCCAUUUAUCCUGUUCACAAUUUUCAUGGGAGUUAUUGUGGUGGCAGCAGCUCUUCCAGGAAGUAUAUUUUGAAAAAUAAAUUAUGUCAUUCACAUUGGACUAUUCAACAUGAGAAAUAUAACUCUAUUACAUGUGAUAUCUUACUCAAAACAUGAACCUAUGUUUAUGUCUUGAGUAACAAAACAAAAGAAAGUUCACAUUUGCUCUGGAAUAUUUUCUUAGUAUUAUCUAUAAGCUAUUGACCUUGCCUAUCAGAUUUUAUGGCAGCUUUGCAAAGAUAUUGAUUGAAUAAAUAUGUGAUUUGUAGGUUGUAAAUAUAUUGUAUAUAUGCCAGCAUACACUUGAAAUUGUUUUCAUAAAAUACAUAUUUUUGUUGUUCACUGUAUUCUUUGUAUGUUUUACCCUGAUGUUUGAGAGUGUUUGGUGAAUUUAAUUUUAAAAUGUUUAUUCACGGGUAAAUGGCUUUUCUGUUUCUGAUUCUUUUAACAAGACAUAAGAAAUAGGCAUAUAUAAGCUGUCUCAGAAGUAAAUCAUAAUUUAUGCUAAGAAGGCAAUAUUUUGAUACCAGAUAGUGAUAUUUUAGAAUAUUAAUUGAAUUUUUAUUUUUAUUUUAAUUAAAUUCCUUGGUUAAUCUCUAUGGAUAUCAUUCUUAUUUUUCAGACAAAAUAUCUUUAUGUCAAACUUGUACUGAGGGUUGUGUACUUAUUUCCCAAAAAAAAACAUAUAUUAAUUCAACUUUGGUUUGUGAUUAUCUUUACCACAUUGGAUAUGAAUUUCUAAUCAGCAUAGUGCAUUGGUCAAUUCUUAGAAGCCAAGCCUAUUUAUUUUUUACUCUGUCUUAAUGAUAUGCAAUGCAUGUUAUAUUUUUAUGUAACAAAAACAAUUAUAAAUGAUAACUGAAAAUAUCAAUAUUCUUUUCACCAUCUGAAAGUAUGUUCUAUCAAAAACUGCUGAAAAAAUAUUUUGAAAAAUCUAUAAACUUGUUCUUGAGAUAAAAAUUUUGCAAGUAAGAUCCACCAAUCUCCAUUCACAUUAUAAGUUAGAGUGACUCAUGAAUUCAAAACAUUAUUCUCAAAAACAGGUUUGAAGACCAUACUUUGUCUCUAGAUGAGGAUAUUGUGUACCUUAGUGAUUAAGGGGAAAAAUUUCAAGAUUUUUUUAUGUGUAUUUAGGUGUUAUUGCUUUAAGGAUCUUUUUUAUUUAUUCAGGAAGGUAAGAAUGAAAAGCAAUAUUAUCUCUGUAAUAUAGUAUAUUGACUAAUAGUAUGUGUUUUUAUACCAACAUGUUUAUACUGGAAAGAGAGAUAUAUGUAAACAACUCUCAGCAGUGUAUGAUAACAUUAGUGACCUUUUUACAUUUCCUUAAAGGAAAACAAUUGUCACUUCCAGAAUGACAGAAAUCCAAUUACAGAGGUGACUUUUUUAUUUUUGAUAUAAGGAAUAAUGCAAUUAAUCAAGACAACAUGGUUCCUAUAAUAUGGGACUUGGGGAUAAGUGUACAUAAAUAAUAGGAUGUUGUGAGGAUUCACUGCUCUGAAUUAAAAAUAUUUCAUUUGAAGAUUUUAUAGUAAGGUUUAUUUGUUUGAAAGUUAAUUUUAACAAACAUUCAUUUGAACAUCAUUAUAAGCUGCAAGAAAAAUUUUUUCAACACCACUCUAAAACAUCUUUUUUUCUUUUUCAUUAGGGAUGGAAAUAUGGUUCUGAAUGAAAAAAAUGCUCAAGUGGUUUAAGUCAUAAUAUUUCUGCAUGGUAUUUUGAAAUAAAAUGAUAUAAUUGUAUUAAAAAAGGUAUUU